AUGGGAAAAGGUCAAGAUAUGCACGAAAUUAAUCAAGAAAAAGAAAGAUCCAUUAAUGUUAUUGGUCAUGAUGUAACAGCUGCCAAUUCAGCUGUAGCAGCCAGCGUGUUGAAUUCCGAAGAUGCUACUUCGUUAUUUGUUGAACAACCACAAAGCCUGGAUGGAAAAGCUGCUCUAGGUGAUGGCCACAAUCAUACAGCAUCUUUUGAAACAAUGCCUUUUUGGAAGGAUUUUGUUGCCGGCAACAUUGGUGGAAUGUGUGGAAUUUUGGCAGGUCAUCCAUUUGACACUCUUAAAGUUCGUAUUCAAACACAACCACAAAAGUAUAAUGGAGAUAUUUUCAAUACCUUGUACAGAAUUGUUAAAAAUGAAGGGGUGCACGGCCUUUACAAAGGACUUGCUUCGCCAUUGUUCGGAGUUGGAAUAUUAAAUUCCAUCAUUUUUGGUGUUUAUGGGAACACAAUGAGAGCUCUCGAUGAGUAUCGUGGAAGAAAUAGAGGAGUGAUUACGAGUGAUUUUCUUUAUUAUGGAGAUGUUUUUAUUGCAGGCUCAUUUGCAGGCUUGGUGAAUUGUCCAAUUUGCAGUCCUCUUGAAUUGGUUAAAACUAGAUUACAAAUACAGGAUCAAUCGAAACUAGAAAUGACGAAACGAUAUUAUACUGGACCUUUGGAUUGCUUUAUAAAAACUUGGAAAUCGAAUGGAAUUCGAGGAAUUUACAAAGGUUUUAACUCAACUCUAGUCAGAGAUGUGCCAAGUUAUGGUGCAUAUUUUGUAAUGUAUGAAUAUUUAAAGGAAAGGUAUGGAGAAGAUCCACUAGCACUGUUUUUAAGUGGUGGCUUUGCUGGCAUUGGUUGUUGGUAUUUAUCCUAUUGGGCAGAUGCUAUAAAAUCACGUAUUCAAGCACUUCCAGAUCCACCACAAGUUGGACAUGACAAAUAUAAGGGAUUUAUAGAUUGUUGCAUCAAGAGUUAUAAGGCUGAGGGUUAUAUGGUAUUUUUCAGAGGGUUGAAUUCAUCCAUUGUGAGAGCAUUUCCAUUGAAUGCGGUGACAUUUUUGGCCUAUGAAACAGCAAUGAAAAUUUUGUAG